UUGUUAACGACGGCCCGUCCGCUGCAGUGGGUGAAGAACCUGCUGGUGUUCCUGCCGCUGCUGUUCGCGGUGGACUUGGUCUGGGAACCCGGAAAUCUCGCGACGCUGCUGCCCUACAUCCCGAGGCUAGCCGGGCUGUUCGCCGCGUUCUGCGCCCUGUCGUCGGCGAUCUAUAUUCUGAACGACCUGGCUGACCGGGAGGCGGAUGGCCGGCACCCCACCAAACGGGCGCGGCCCAUCGCUUCGGGACUGCUGCCGGGGUGGCUGGCAAUCUCUACGAUGACGACCCUCGCGGCCGCCGGAAUGUUGGCGCUAUACGCUAUAACGGCGCCGGCGUUGGAACUGCCCCUCAUCGGCGGCAUAUAUCUCCUGGCCAACGUUGGCUACUCGUUGCGGCUGAAGCGAGUGGCCUUGGUGGACGUCAUGAUAGUGGCCGGCGGCUACGUGUUGCGGGCGGUCGCCGGAGCGGUGGCGGUGGGAGCCGCGCCCUCGCCGUGGCUCUACGCGGUCACCGCGGCGGGCGCGCUGUUCAUCGUGAUCGGGCGGCGGUACGCCGAGGCGAGGCUGGCGGGUGAGGACCCGGAGGCGCAGCGGGCGACGCUCUCGCAUUACGCUCCGCCGUUGGGCGGGCAGCUGCUGAUCCUGUCGGCCACGGCGGCGCUGGUUAGCUACGCGCUGUACGCGGUGGAAGCGGACAACCUGCCCGAAAACAACACGAUGCUGCUCACCGUUCCCCUGGUGAUAUUCGGCCUGUUCCGGUACCUAUACCUGCUGAACCACAGCCGGGAUGCCGAGUCGCCGGAACUGCUGAUGCUGAAAGACGUGCCGCUGCUGCUGGCGAUAGGAGCCUGGAUGGUGGUGGCCGGAGCGGUGCUGGUUCUGAAUUGA